GCGAUUUGCGACAUCGGCAUCAUGGCGCAAUGGCACGAUGUAUUCCUGCGUGCUGCUCCUGUUCGCAUCUCCUACCGCUGGGUGGCACCUACAACGCGACGACGGCAUGCUAAGCCCAUACCAUCGCCGUUAUUAUCUCAGCGCCUCUACUACUCAAUUGACAAGCGCCCGGCGACAAAGCGAGCCUCGAAAGUCUUUAAUUCGGCUGAUGAGGCCAUCGCCGACGUCCAAGAUGGUCAGGUCAUUCUCAGUGCUGGCUUUGGCUUAUGCGGGGUAGCUGAAACUCUCAUUCAAGCUAUUCACAAAAAGGGCCUCAAGAAGUUGACGGCCGUGUCCAAUAAUGCCGGAGCUGGCUCCAAGGGCCUCGCGCUACUGACGGAGAACGGGCAGCUCGACCGCAUCGUUCUCUCGUAUCUGGGAUCUAACAAGUCGCUGGAGAAGCAGUAUCUGACGGGCAAGAUCGCCGUCGAGUUAUGUCCGCAGGGCACACUCGCCGAGCGCUUACGUGCUGCUGGUGCUGGAAUUCCUGCGUUUUAUACUGCUACCGGUGGAAAAACAUUCAUAGAAACGGGUGAGAUACCCAUGCGGUUCACGCCCGAGGCCGUGUUAGAAAAGGGGCGACCGCGUGAGACGAGGAUAUUCAACGGCAAGUCGUAUGUAAUGGAGACGGCCCUACCGGGCGAUGUGGCGAUACUGCGGGCGUGGAAGGUCGACGAAGCGGGCAAUUGCGUUUUCAAAUACACAACCAAGACUUACGCGCCCCUCAUGGCCAAGGCGGCACGUCUGGCCAUUGUCGAAGCCGAGAACAUCGUCCCAGUAGGCUCAAUCGACCCGGACAUCGUGGAUCUACCAGGUAUCUUCAUUGACCGGAUCGUCCCGGCCACAGCGCCCAAGACAGCCGAAGUGGUCAAACUAGCGCCAAAAUCGGACAGCAGCUCCAAGAAACAGACGGAAGACUCUAGAUCACGCAUCGCCAAGAGAGCUGCAAAGGAACUCAAGGACGGGUAUUACGUCAACCUGGGCGUGGGCAUCCCGACGCUCGCGGCGUCAUAUCUGCCAGAGAACGCAAACGUAUGGCUGCAGUCGGAGAACGGCCUCCUGGGCAUGGGACCGUACCCAUCCUCGGAAGAGGAGGCGGAUCCCGAUCUUGUCAACGCAGGCAAGGAGACAGUGACGCUCAUACCCGGCGCAUCAACAUUCGACUCGGCGGAAUCGUUCGCCAUGAUCCGCGGCGGCCACGUCGACGUGUCGAUCCUGGGCGCCUUCCAGGUAUCUGCCUCGGGCGAUCUCGCCAACUACAUGAUUCCGGGCAAGGUGUUCAAGGGCAUGGGAGGCGCCAUGGACCUCGUGUCGAACCCGGACCAGACCAAGGUCGUCGUGGCCACGGAGCACGUCGACAAGAACGGCCGCAGCAAGAUCGUGCAGGACUGCAAGUUGCCUUUGACGGGCAAGGGCGUCGUCAGCACGAUCAUUACCGAUCUCGCUGUGUUCCAGGUCGAUCGGAGCAAGGGCGGGCUCACGCUGACGGAGGUCGCUGAAGGUGUGGAUGUAGAGACUGUGAGGGCGAAGACGGAUGCUGAGUUUUCUGUUGCGGAGGAUUUGGGCACUUUCUAAUAUUUAGAGUGGUGUGUUUUGUUUCGCUCGUCUUUUCGCUUACUUGGGGCGUUAUAUUGUAAUAUGAAGAUCUUUAUGUUGUAUAUAUACCAUAUUACUACAUCUUGGAAUUAGAUAUCAUACAUCAUAUCAUCACCACAGGCUCAACCA